AUGGGGCGGGGCGUCAUGUUCCUGGGAUGGAGCGGCGGCGCUGCUUCUCCGGGUAAGUGGACGCCCACUCGAGAGGCGGCGGGGGACGGAGACGAAGCCCCGGGCCUUAAUUUGAGCGGGACGGAGCGACUUGUCGGUGUGGGAGUGGACUUCAAAGCCGACAUUUUUUUUUCCCCAGUUGAAGAUGGACCCCCCGUUUUCUCUGCUCCUGGAGAAGUUUGCCUGGAAAACCACAGCGUGCAAAAAAUCACACUCACCUUCAGGGCUCCACCCAAUGAGACUUUGGCGGUAAGGUUCAACAUGACCUAUACAUCCAAGGAGAACGUCACGAUUGUUGAAUUGCCCAACCAGGUCAUAAUUGCAGCAGGCCAAAAGGAGGCACAUUUCCUUGUGAAAGCUAAAGAGGUCGGGCAGGUGACGGUAUAUCUACAGGUGAACGCAUCCCAUGACACAGGGCCCAGAAUCCGGUUCCUUGUGAUCCACAGCAACGCCAUUAGGAUUGUGGACCAAGUGAUCGGUUGGAUCUACUUCCUAGCCUGGUCGGUUUCCUUCUACCCUCAGGUGUUUGAGAAUUGGAGACGCAAAAGCGUUGUGGGGCUCAGUUUCGAUUUCAUCGCUCUGAACCUGACCGGCUUCAUCGCCUACAGCGUCUUCAACAUCGGACUCUUUUGGAUUGUCCCCAUAAAGGAACAGUUCCUGCACCAGUAUCCCAAUGGCGUGAAUCCCGUAGCUAGCAACGAUGUGUUUUUCAGCCUCCAUGCAGUGGCUCUCACUUUGUUCACCAUCUUCCAGUGCUUAAUCUAUGAGAGAGGGACUCAGAAGGUUUCUCGCAUCGCCAUUGCGUUCCUGGUUGCGGCGUGGCUCUUCGUCUUCACCACUUUGGCCGUGACGGUUGCCCAACAGAUCACCUGGUUGCAAUUCUUGUUUUACUUCUCCUACAUCAAGCUGGGAAUCACACUCAUCAAAUACUUCCCUCAGGCCUACCUAAACUUUCGCCGGAAGAGCACUCAGGGCUGGAGCAUCGGCAACGUCCUACUGGACUUCACCGGCGGUGCCUUCAGCCUCAUGCAGAUGUUUCUACAAUCCUACAACAAUGAUGCAUGGAAGCUGAUUUUUGGAGACCCCACCAAAUUUGGUCUUGGCCUCUUCUCCAUCUUCUUCGACAUCAUCUUUAUGAUCCAACAUUACUGUUUGUAUCGCCACCAAAUUUACGAUCAGUUUGAGUAGAUCAGUAGCCUAUCCAAGUGUGUCGGUUGCACUGAGAAGCCUUAACUUCAAAGAAACCAGGACUGGCAAAAUUGCUACAACUCGAGUUUCCACGCCACCUUAAUUGCACCAAACCAGCUUUGCCCUCUUGUGCCUUUGCGUCUUGCAAUCCACCAGUGCGGCCUUGCCAAAGUCAUCCUCCCCUGAUUUUCUCAGAUGUGAAUUCCUCAAAAGCUUCCAAAGAAGUCAUCAUUUGCAAGAGAAGAAGAAUUGUGUUUUGCCCUCCGUUUUCUUACGGGAGCCCUACAUCGAAGGCCUCUUGGCCAGGAAGAACCUGUUUUAGGGGGAAAAAACGGUUGUCAUCAGAAGGAGCUUUAAAUCAAUAACUUGAAGGACAGUUUGUGUGACCUUGGGACCCUGGGUGUCCCCUUUUUUUCUUGCGCACAGGGGAGAAAUGUCUGGAGGAUGUCGGACUACCUCGAAAAGCUUUAUGUUGGCGUCAAAGAACAAUGCACUGCGGAAAAAAAAACUCUUGUAAGAACUUUUGUGUGAAACGGCUGAAUACAGGGAUCGUUAUUAUUAAAGCUUUUCUAGCAGGUU